AUGGCGAAGAAGAAGACCAAACCAGCUUCGAAUCCGAAUCGAGGUUUCGCCACAACAUCCGUGCCUAAGGCAUCACAAGUCGAUGCAGCGAAGGGAGCAGAGAGAAACCUUGAAUCGAAGACCGUCACGCCUGCUGCUGUAUCUGCGUCUACAGAGACUAAGAAUGGCGAACAUGGGUGCGUGAAAUCACAAGGCUCACGAGAAUUACACGAACUUAGUCCCGAGGAACUUGAGGCUUCGCUCGAAGCCUCUGAACUUCAGCAGUAUGUGGAGCGUUUCGCCAGCAAGGUUCGCAAGGACGCCGUACGACAAAGCAGCCGAUUGGAGACGGAUAAGCGUGUGUUGCGUGGACAGGCAGACUUUCUCUUCGUCAAGGAUUGGCUUCCGGACGAAAUAAUGCAACAGAUCGUCGACUUGGCCUGCAUCGAGGAGAAAUCCGAACAGUCAAUACCUGAUAAGCGAAGUCUCUUCGGCAGCGACGAGUACACAGCGCGGUUCUGGUCUUUGCGAUUAUGUUUGCUCGACGCAGGUAUUCCAGCAGACCACGUCAGUGAAGCACUCAUUUGGCUGGUCACGAACGCGCCACCUGUAGACUCCGCCACUUCUGCAAUCUGGGGAUUACCAGAAGUGCUCGACUGGUUGGCUCUUCAUUGCGGCAGAGAUAGCCUUGACCAGUAUGAUCACAAGAAGCUGCACACCCUUCCCGCACAAGACACAAGCUCCGUGAUAGAGGAUUCAGGCGGGGAUGAGCAAUCUGGCGUCAUGCAGGCUGAAAGCAAAGCAGCUCACGGCCGGCAGGUUCCUUCAGAAGCGGCAGCACAGCCCACCGGCCCCGAGAUUGAGGUGAGUGAUGUGGACAGCGACAUGGAACCAGACGAGCUUCUUGCAGCCUACCUCCGAGUCAAAGCUAAGCUUUUCGAGCUCAGCCCGAUCCUUGCAGAUGGUCCACCAGCGAAGCGAAAAAGUACCGCACGAACGAAUCAGCUACCCGCGCCCGUGAGCAGCACUCCGAGCGAACGGAAAUUGCUGGAGAAGUUACGCCGCAUAGCAUCAGAUGUUCUGUUUGACCAACGCGAAGCAGAUGCUCAUUGGCAGUCUAUACGGAUAGAUCUUGCGCAAGCAGAAGCAGAUCGAAAGAGGCUACACAUAUCGCAAGAGCCUACGUCUGCCUCUGCUCCCGGGAUCACAUUUACGACCGAUGUCAAUGGCGAAGCCGAAAGAAUUGGCAAGGAACUUCUAGAGGAGGCUGAUGACUCAGACGGGGAUGGCAUGCUCAACGGAAUGUUUGAUGCCCUACCAGGGAUGGCUAAUGCUGACAAGGGCGCUGAAGGUGCUUCCCACCAGACUGUCAGCAUUCGUAAUUUCGGCAAGAUGAAUGGCAUGAACCCGAGGCGAGUAUUGGAAGAGGCCUGCAAGUCCAGAGAUUCGUCUGUCAAAGUUCACGUGAAGCAGAUUUCACCAACUACGUAUGCCAGUCGACAUUCAAUCACCAUCACCUGGAGCAGAGACCAAGAUCUCUUAGAUGCCUCAUACAUGCCAAACGUCACGUUACAGCAGAAGGUACGUGUAUGUUGUCUCAGUAUGACCAAUCUUGCAACGCCAGAUACUUCACAAAGUGAGGCAUAUGUGGCUACUGUCGCUCUGUUUCUCAUCUUCUCUGGUUCUCCAAAAGAAGAGAAAGCCCAUCUGAAGCUUCCCGCCACGCUUCGUGAUCUCUGGGAUGAGCUGCUCCAAGCCAAGAACGACCAUGCGAACGCCGCGGAUCGAGAGGAGGUUAGAAGUAUUCGUACGCUCGUGGAGAACGCGGUCACCACUGCAGGUACUCACGAUGUCGACGACGAUGAUGAGGUAGUAUUCCAAGCGAAUAGUCGGCAGCGGAGUCGCAUGCAGAGUGGUGUAGCCACGCCUGUCAAUGAGCCGGCAAGAGACAUUGCUCAGAACGGUUUGUACUCGCCAGACCUCGCACAGAUAUGGGCGAAUAAAGUUGCGACCCCUAGUUAUCAAAGGAUGCUCGUGUCUCGAAUCAAUCUUCCGAUAUUUCAUUACAAGGCUGCCGCUUUGGACACAAUUGCAAGACAUCCUGUCACGAUUUUGGUCUCGGAGACUGGAUCUGGAAAGUCAACUCAGCUACCUGCGUUUAUUCUCGAGUCAGAGCUGUCCCAAGGUCGACAUUGCAAGGUAUACUGUACCGAGCCACGCCGGAUCUCCGCCAUCUCACUGGCGAAUCGUGUGAGCGAGGAGAUGGGUGAACGCAAAGGAGACGUUGGCACAAAUCGAUCACUAGUGGGCUAUGCCAUUCGACUUGAGUCGCACACCUCAUCUUCAACAAGACUCGUUUACGCUACUACUGGAAUAGUGCUCAGAAUGCUUGAGAACCCCAACAGCCUCGGGGAUAUCAGCCAUCUAGUGGUGGACGAGGUACAUGAGCGAAGCAUUGACACGGACUUUUUACUCAUCAUCUUACGCUCUCUCAUGCAACGGAAGCCGGGCCUUCGAAUCGUACUCAUGAGUGCUACAGUCAAUGCACAGCGUUUCUCCAACUACCUUGAUGGAGCUCCGAUCAUCGAUGUACCAGGGCGUACAUUUCCAGUACAGGCGAAGUAUCUCGAAGAUGCCAUCGAGCUCACUGGUCAUAUCCCAGAGGACGGCACUGCUACCAACGAUGCCGAGGACUAUGCAGACUCGGAUGUGACAGAUGCUAGUGCAGCUAAGCAGCUCACUGGGUAUUCUCCCAAGACCUUGAGGACGCUCGCUUCGUACGAUGAAUACAGGAUAGACCACAGCCUGAUCAUUAAGCUUUUGCAAAAGGUCGCCUACGAUCCCGAAUACCAGCUCUUCUCCAAGGCUGUCUUGAUCUUUCUCCCCGGUAUUGCAGAGAUCAGACAGCUGAACGAUAUCCUGGGUGGCCAUCCCAGCUUUCGACAAGGCUGGCUGGUUUACCCAUUGCACUCGAGUUUUGCAAGCGAGGAUCAGCAAGCCGCUUUCGAGAUACCUCCUCAUGGCUUGAGAAAGAUCGUGCUCGCAACUAACAUCGCCGAGACUGGUAUCACGAUUCCCGAUGUAACUUGUGUAAUCGACACUGGCAAGCAUAAGGAGAUGAGAUUCGACGAAAAGAGGCAGAUGUCUCGCCUCAUUAUGUCGUUCAUUGCUCGGGCCAAUGCGAAGCAACGAAGAGGCCGGGCUGGCCGUGUACAAGAGGGUCUUGCCUUCCACCUCUUCACAAAACAUCGCCACGAUGAGAUCAUGGCAGAGAAUCAGACACCGGAGAUGCUCCGACUCAGCCUGCAAGAGCUUGUCAUGCGGGUCAAGAUCUGCAGAUUGGGCGGGAUUGAGGAUGCUCUGUCGCAAGCGCUGGACCCACCGUCGACUCGGAAUAUCAGACGGGCUAUUGAUGCUCUUGUCGAAGUGGGCGCGCUGACCACGCGCGAAGAGCUCACUUCGCUCGGAGAGCAGUUAGCGAAACUGCCGCUUGAUGGGCCGUUGGGUAAGUUGAUUCUGCUUGGCAGUGUAUUUGGCUGCCUCGACUUUGCGUUGACAGCCGCGGCUGCCUUGACGUCAAAGAGCCCGUUUCUCAGCCCCAUGCAUGCAAAGAAGCAAGCAGAUACCGUACGUCUAGCCUUCAAGCGUGGCGACUCGGACCUGGGGACGCUGUACAACGCUUACUGUGCAUGGAGAAGGACAUGUAUGACUCAAGGCAUGUCGGAAUUCCACUUCUGUAACAAAAACUUCCUCAGCUCGCAGAACCUUGCGAAUAUUGAAGACCUGAAAGGCCAGCUCUUGACCUCUUUGGUCGAUGCCGGCUUCGUGGCGCUCAGUCCGGCGGAGAAAGCAGCACUCUCGAAAGUGCGACCAGGUGCUCGCCAGCGGAACUUCGUCAUGAUCCCCGAAAGAUACUGUGUUGCAGACAGCGACGAUCGGGUCCUGUGUUCGGUCGUGGCAUGGUCCUUCUACCCCAAGGUCAUUAAGCAGGACGGUAAAGGCUGGCGAAACAUCGCGAACAAUCAGGCUCUGGCACUCCACCCUUCUUCUGUGAAUAAGACGUCCUUGCCAUCGGAUAUUACCAUGUUGUCUUUCUACAGCAUUCUGCAAGCUACAUCAAAGUACACAAACGCCCAGGAAACGACCCCUGCGCCCGAAAUUGCGCUGGUGCUACUGGCUGGCGAUGCUGUCUUCCACAUGUACGCUGGUGUGAUCGUGUUAGAUGGGAACAGGCUACGCUACAAAGUGCGUGAUUGGAGGACAAUGAUUGUGUUGAAGAUAUUGAGGCAGAAAUCGAAGGAAGUGUUGGCCCGUCUGUUCAAGCAUCCGGGCAAAGAUAUCACGGGUAGAAGUCGGCCGUGGAUGGAUAUCUUGAAGCGUAUACUAGACACUCGCAAGCAAGGCUAG